AUGGCAGACGAAUCCGGGAAUGAUACUGCUUCACCACCUACUCCCGGAACGACACGAACACGAAAAAUGCGCCCAGAAAUACAAAUUUAUCGUCCAGGCAUGAUGCGGAAGGGAACAGAUGUAACUGCGAAUGGACCACCACCAAGUGAUGCAAAACCCCCAGAACCUACGACUCGCAGACGUUCCCCCAGGAUUUCGCUUGAUUUUGGUGGAGCAGGUAAAUACAACAAAUAAAU